GCUCAGGGGCCCCUUGAGGAUUAUCUUUUCUGGAAGUCAAGCCUGUGGCAGAUAUCCAUGGUUCUAACAAAAGGUGUGUUGUUGCCUGUGUUACUGGAAGAGCAUUCCACAGGUGUGGGAAGAAAGGACGUGCCACCGGCCUCAGCUUCUAGGGACUUUUCUCUUGGCUGGGAAGGAUUUUAUGUUCAUCAGAAAUACUUCCAGAAGAUUCAAGAAGCGGUAAGGGUGACGCAAAUCUGUGAAGGACCAGCAUGGGGAUCCUAUACUCUGAGCCUGUCUGCCAGGCAGCCUACCAGAAUGACUUGGGUCAAGUGUGGCGGUGGGUGAGAGAAGACAGAGCCUAUAUCAACGUUCGAGAUGGCUUGAAUGGAGACACUCCCCUGAUCUGUGCUUGUAGGCGAGGACAUCUGAGAAUCGUUUCCUUCCUUUUAAAAAGAAAUGCUGAUGUGAACCUCAAAAACCGGAAAGAGAGAAACUGCUUGCAUUAUGCUGUGAAGAAAAAAUUUACCUUCUUUGAUUACCUACUCAUUAUCCUCUUAAUGCCCGUUCUGCUUAUUGGGUAUUUCCUCAUGGUGUCAAAGACCAAGCAGAAUGAGGCUCUUGUCCGAAUGUUGCUCAAUGCUGGUGUCGAUGUGAAUGCCAAAGACUGUGAUGGCUGCACCGCGCUACAUUAUGCUUGCCAAAUGAAAAACCAGACCCUUAUUCCUCUGCUGCUGGAAGCUCGUGCUGACCCCAUGAUCAAGAACAAGCGUGGUGAGAGUUCCCUGGAUAUUGCGCGGAGAUUAAAGUUUUCCCAGAUUGAAUUAAUGCUAAGGAAAGCAUCAUAAUCUUUGUGGCCUUGCAUGGAGAAGUAGAAAAAGUUAAAGGACUGGAUUCUAUCUCCAUUUUGGACAAUUGGUCUGUGGACCGUUGAACCUGGAUGCUAUGAUUUUUUGGUAACCAUAAUGGUGGUUUCCAUAGUUAACAUUUUGGAAGAGCUUUGUAUUUAGAAUUUUCUUUUGCCCAGUGGAGUUCACCAUGGUCACGAUCCUUCUAGGAGAAACACUAAAGCUCCUGGAGCCUCCAUUUUGGUCCAAAAAAAGGUGACGUUUCAAACUCAGUCUCUUCCGAAGAAGAGGAUCAGAGUUACCUGGCUCGGUUUUCUCAGCUGUGUGGCUCUUACCAAGAGGCUGUGGAUAUCAUGCCCAGAAGACAACUCUUUCUCUCCGUCCUUUUUGAGUAGUAAGAGGAAGAUUCAAAGUAUCCAUAUUUGUAUAGACUGAUAUGUUAGGGGGAUGGGAGGUGAGCUUCAUACGUAAAUAUUUACUUGGUAAAACAACGUCAAUAAAAUCAUCCAUCAGUCGUCA